GCAUCGCUACGUCCUUGUGGAAGGUCCCCAUGUUGACAGUGGUUUGAUGCAUGAGACAAGGCUACUUAGAUCUACUUAAGAAAAGUUUGUUAUUUGGACAGAUGGUAACAAGCUCACGGGUGUAACGUGGGUCACCACGGUAGGGGUGCUCGCACCGAGCUACUCCAAGGUUGGUUUACUUUAGUCAGUCUGUAUGUAGAUCUAGAAUCUAGAUCUAGAUUCUAGAGUCUAGUUUCCCCAUCGGUCGUACCUUCAAUCUUCAAGUUGCGCCUCCGCGUCGUAGCCUGUAGCCACUCUUUUCCUCUUAGCUUCUAUUAGUCUAGAUCUAGAUCUAGAUCUAGAUCUAGAUCUAGAUGCUAUAUCUACAGACUAGAUCUAGAUCUAAAUUUACAUUACUGGAUCUAGAUUCUAAAAAUCUAGAUCUAGAACAAGAUUUAGACCUUGAUUCUUUUCUUAACAUCAUCGAUGUCCGAAGUCAGUUGGAAAUCAACAUGAAUACAAUUCAGCGACGACAUUGAAUAACCCAAGCCCAAUGUCAAUAACUUGGUCAAGAUCAAUAACAAAAUCCAGGUCCACCCUCUAGGGAAGGGCCAGUGGUACAAAUGGCGACUUCAAGCUAAUGUAAAGACAUCUCUUCGGUAACAGUAAUAUCUACUCAGGGAUCCAGUUCGAAAUCUCGACAUGGAUGCCAAAGAAGAGAUGGGCACUCGUGAUGGGCCCAAACUGAACAGUUAUCUGAAGUCAAGUCGGAAAUCGAGGUCCCCUGGAAAGUCCAUCAAGCGGUUUUUAGCCAGACUGAUUAAGCCAGCAAAUGUAAAGGCAAAGAGAGCACAACAAGGAGACGGCGAGUUUCAAAGACCUCUACAAAAGGAUCAGGAAGAGGAAGCAGCUCUCGAUGAUUAUAAAUCGAAAUGUGGUUCCUGCAAACAUAGGUACAAGUUCUCUUUCCUUGAUCUAUGUGAAGAGAAGCUGAAGAGGGAAAAGGAAGACUGUGAAGAAGGAGAAGAUAGGAACGUAGAAGAUUCUGCAUGUGAAGUUCAAGUAGUGGAGGGAGAAGACUGUGAAGAUGAUAUAUCUACGGGAAGUGACCAGUGUCAAGUAUCCGUUUCAGAGGAAAGAUCUAACCAAGCAUGCCCGCCUACGUUUCGUUAUAAAUGCAAACGCGGGCCGUACAAAACAGAGAUAGACGUGUCACCGUGCGAACCCCGACAUACUGGUCCAACAGAUAGUUGUGAAGAUGAAGAGAAAAGAGGCCAGGAUGAGGAAGACGAGUGUAUUGAUGGUGAUGAAGUUGAUGAGGGUGAUGAGGGUGAUGAGGAUGGUGGUGAAGUUGAUGACGACGAUGAUGGUGAUGAACAUGAUGAAGAAGAAGAGGAUAAAAAUGAUGAAUGUGAGUGCUGCCAUGUGGAAGAUGAAGAAGAUGAUGACGAUUGCGAUGAAGGAUGUGAGGAAGAGGACGAUUGUGAGGGGGAAGAGGAGGAGGAGGAGGAGGAGGAUGAAACAGAGGAGGGAGAUACGGGCGAUGAAGAUAUUGAUGAAUUAGCAGAGGGGUGUUUUUUCUUUAGUAAGAAAGACUUAAAAAGUAUAUGUGAAAAAUACAGAUCUUAUGACGAAGAUCUGCCUUGCGAUCUGGAAACCGAAAGCGAAAUGAAAUGUAACAACCAACGAGAUAGAUGUUAUUGUGAAUCCUACGUGGAUCCAAAGUCUGCUCAAUCAUGGAGGGAUACAAAGGAACAAUUGAUGAAGGAAGAAAUAGAAAAGGCGAAGGAUGAGAGAGCUGGCAAAUUUAGAUCUAAAAACGGUGAUCGGGAUUACUUAGCCAUAUAUGGAGAUUGUGAAUGUUCUGUAGAGUUCUUUGGAGAGCUGGAUGACAAGAAGGAGCAGCAGGAAGGAGACUGCCACGCCAUCACCCCCACACAGCCCUGGUGUGUGUGCCCAGAGACAUCUGGCGAGCACAUAACCUACGCCACUUCUGAGGAAACGUGUCAAGACGUGUACUUUGGUGCUGGAGAGAGAGCUAACAGCAAGGCAGAGACCUGUCAAAUGGAGCUGGCAGACGAGAAAGAAAGUACUACAUCCGGGACUCCAUACUCGCCACCAUGGCUAUAUAACAACGGCGAGGAGAGCUCCGAGCAAGUGUUUUAUUCUAGCAGAGAACCACCAAAAAACAAGGGUGAUGGCGAUAACCAAACCACGAAGCUGAAAGAGGAAGAGUUACCUUCAAGCGACUGGUACGAAGGUCCAGAGUACUGUGGGGAUUCCCAAAGAAGCAAAAACAAACACAGGUUCCUCAAAGAUAAGCAACAAACAACGGUCCCUGUCAUUGAGGCUGAAAGCACGCACUUUUGCCCCGGAGAACAAUACGAUCAUGAUAAAGAAGAUACGGAUUCCUGGUAUUACCAACAGAAUGGCAAUCGUAACUGGAACAACGUCGAUGAAUUGGAAAAUGAUGGGACCGAAGAAAGAACAACAGCAGACACGUCUGUCGUAGGGGAGAGUGUAGAUGAUCUUUUCAUGCACGACUCGGAGUCGGAACUCGGUGACGAGGAAGAGACUGAAGAAAAUGAAAAUUUUUUCCCUAAUGAUGCUCGAGAUGAUUUCAACUAUGAAGACGAAGGGGACUCUCAAGAUGAUAACAUUUAUUAUGAAUCACACACUUUGGAAACCGGACGUAUGUCUGCGUGUUCUAGUGACUCCAGUUUGUACGCCAAAGACGAACCGGCUGAAUCUGUAGUGUAUAAUAAUAGAGAGGACAAAUAUCUGAAAAGUACUGCCGAUUCUGAUGAUUUGGGUUUGUUUGCUCUGCCCACAGUUCAGGACGAAAUCAAAGACGAGAGUAAAGAAAACGUGGCACCGGCGGCCUCAAAGGUCACGCCCAAUGUGAUCCCCGGUAAAAAGCACACUCGCUCUGACGGGGAAGGGGACAGUGUUCUGGCCCUGGUCAAUGAAAGCUUCAAUCAAGUAAUGAACGUUGUGGAGCCUAGAGGUCUGCACCGUAGCGAAGACAGACUCACUGUUAGUUUGGCGUCCUUUGCACACGACCAGUUUCAGUUCUGCAAGCAGAUGCUGACCUCCUUUGGAGGCGACGCAGAGGUGAAUUGUGAUCUAUCAAAACCAGACCAGGAGGCCUGUACCAAUGGCGGUUCUGACGAAACGCCAGCGGACAACGAAAAUGUCCUCGGAGGUUCUGACGAGGAAGACAGAAAACUAACAAAGCCAAGGACACCCUAUCUUCAAGAUCUUCAUAUGCCUGUUGAUGGCUUGAAAGUAGAAGACUCUGAAGAAGUGGAGGAUGAAGAUGAAUCUCAAGAAGAAGAAAAUGAAAAUGAUGAUGAUGAUGAUGAUGAUGAUGAUAAUGGUGAUGAUGAUGAUGAUGAUGAAGAAGAAGAUGAAGAGGAGGAAAAAUGUAAUGAUAAAGAUCUCCAUAGUAAAGACCAAAGGCCAGCUGGGUGUCAAAGAGAUACUGAUGGUUGGUUUUCCGAAGACCAUAAUUCUAUAUACCACAACGAUUUCUGUAGAGGAGUUACCGAGUGCUUCAGAAGCGAACACAAUGCUCUAAUAGCAAACACAUGUAGUGUGGUUACUGCAAAGACGGAAGAGCAGGAAAACUGUGUAGAUGAUGAGGAUGAUGAUGACGACGAAGUGGAUGACGAAGAGGAAGAGGAGGAGGAAGAUUCACAGAGUCAGAUCAACGGACACAUGUACCAAGGAAAAUCUGUGGAUAUCACCAGUGUCAAACCGAUUGAUCCAACGGUUGAAACGGUUUCUGAAGUUGAACAGGUUUCUGAAGUUGAAAAAUUUGAAACUGAUCCCAAAAUUGAAAUAGCAAAUACCCUUGACGAGGAGGCUACUGUAUUGAAAGAAAAUACCACGUCAUUAUCGAACAAUGAAACUAAAGUGAAAAGUAAAAGAGAAGACCCUGCUACAAAGUUUUUGAAUUGGUUGUUACCUCGAGAUAUGUCGAAAAAAAAGGGGCAUUCUGAAAAAGGAAGUGACUCUGUACCCAGCAACCAAGAGAAAGACAAAGUACAUGGUGACGGUCGUCGUAGAACGAAGGAAAACAAAAAAGAAACAGGCAAAUCUCUGGAAGAGGAAGGGCUAUUAGAAGAGGAACGAAAAGAAAGCAACGUCGAGGAGGUCUCAAAGAAAGUCGAGGAAAAUGUUACAUUAGACGGCUUGGUGAAUCAGCCAUCUGAAGAACUACCCCCGGCAAGCAUAUCUGAGGGAAUAAUAGAAAUUGCACCGGACGAGGAUCCAUCACAGAAUCUGACGAAACAGUCUUUGGAAAAGACGCAUCCAGAAAGCAAGACUGAAAAAAUAUCAAAAAUGGCUAAGGAAGAUAUUCCUUUGAAACAAGAAGACAAACAGCUUGCAGAUGAAAUACGCCAGACUACAACUACUAGCAAAGACAGUGAGUCUGAGAUUACGAGAUCGCACUCAUCAGUAGGUAUGGCACCUGAAACUGCGGAGGAAGAGGGUUUGUCUGAGCAUCUUAUGAAAGAGCGCUUAUCGGACAUUGAUCAGGAAAAGCAAGUUAAGAAAAAAGCAGAGAACGUAAAGGAAGACAACCAGUCUCAGGUUCAGCAUGACCAAACGUCUCGAGAGAAAACGCCUGGAGUGCAAAAAAACUCAUCGACACGUCGGUCUGGCAUUUUGGAGCGAACCGCACCCGAAGGUAUCCCGGAGGUUAUCGAGAAAGAUGUAGGCACAGCUAUGAUGGUUCCGAAAAUCUAUAAAAAAAUUGAAACCAACAAGCAGACUCGGCCCCGCUCUCCGAAACGUGCGACUAAUGAGACGAACAGACCCUCGUGGCAACUGAGCCCGAAAGCGAAGAGAGAACUUGUAGAAAAGAAAUAUGGUCCCAUCUCCUCUGACUCAAAAGGUUUUAAACGUCAACUGUACAACUGGCUGAGGAAAUCUUCUUCGCCUUCAUCAAAUUACACGCAUCGGCGAGGACAGAAACACUCCAGCGCAAGCCCCGUCUCUGAAAGAGAGAACAAAUAUCCUCGAAAGUCCAGUAGCAACCGAUGGAAAGAAGGUAAACGUGACCUUCGCCCUUCUUUCCCACCUCCAACAUCGGAAAAGGAAGUGGACAUGGAGGUUAAAAAGCAGCAGGAAGCUUCACUUGUUGCCGAGCAAUUGAGAAAACGUGCGGAGCCAGAAUCCAACAAAUCGUCAACACAUGAACUAAAAAAGUCAAUCAAAGGUGGGGGAUACGUAUUUAAGUCCAUUGAUAACAAUUAUAUUACCAGUUCCACCGGGAAAGAUGGUAAAAGAAGUAAAGGCAAGAUGAACAAGUUACAAAGGAGAAAAUCUCCUUCCACAAGCAGACCGCGACUGUCACACAGGCGCAGAUCUCCAUCGCCAAACAAAGCCAAUGAUACUUCCAAACGAAAGACUCCUUCGCCAAGUGAACCUAGUUUGUCAUCCGAGAGUAAAUCUUUACUGUCAAGCAAUACAGAUCGGUCCCUCACACGUAAAUCUCUGUUGUCUAGCAAAUCAGAUCUGUCAAACACAGAGAGGUCAUCAUCGCUCAUCAGAUCAAACUUGGCGAAGAAGCGGAGGUCUCCUUCCCCUAGUAAGACAAAAAAUGCAAGCAAACAGAAAUCUUCAAGCAAAACAAUUCUGUCAGCUAAGCAGAAAUCUCCCUCACCAAAUAAAACUAGCAUAUCGUCUGUGCUUGCACCGGCGAUGUCAGACAAGGAUGACUUGUUGCAGGCGAAGAGAUCUUUAUCCUUAAGUAAGUCAAACUUGAUGCAGGGGACAAAGUCGCCACCGCCAACUAAGACCGGCAUAUUGCAGAAACGGAAGUCUCCCACUUCUAGCAAAACGAACGAAGGGCAGAGGGGAAAAGGUGACACGAGCAAAUCUAGCACAACCGUGAAGACAGAAUCUGCCCCUGCCACCGCAACCACUAAUGACAACUCCCUCAAGGUUAAAGCCUCAAGAAGCAAGGGUAAAGUCACGGCGAAAAAGUCUAACAGAGAGGAAAUGAAACGGCAUCUCAAAUCUCCUCCGUCUCCUAGUCCCAGUCACAGGCGGCCUAUGCGAGGCGAGUCUUUGACCAGAUUCAACAAACCCAAAGUCCCCGAUAUGGCAGAGGAGACGGAAGAAAACACGGAAGAAGAGCACAUCUCCCCCAAGCUCCCUCGCACCUACAUGGCAGAUAUUUCCUCACGCGCAAAAGCAACAAUGGCGUUAAGAACUCACAUCAGACCCUCUACAGCCAUGGCUGGAAAAACGCAAGGAAAACAAGCGGUGAAAAAGACACUCGGAAGUCAUGGCCCCAACGGUAAAGCCACUAAGGCUUCAUCAGACAGCAAACUUCGAGACAAGAUGUUUCAGACUCCUCGAGAAACCAAGAGCAGUAUCUCUCGCAAAGAGUCCUCUAAGGGAUUGGUAACCCAUUUGUCUGGAGUAGCACACAGUCAAACCUGCAAUUCUGUAUGGGAAAAGACGGAAGAUUUCUCCAAAAAAUACGGCGACGAGAGCAUCCACAGCCGCGCUGACCGGCCGUUUUAUCACCUGUUCAUGAGUCUGGACGAAAGCAAACCCGAUAAAGAAGCAGCACCUGUAAAACCAAGAGUCACUGAAAGUGGAACCGUCAGGAAAACUCAGAGCAGGUGGAAAGUGGACAAGAAUGGAAAACUGCAAAAAAUUAGAGGGGACCACGGUUUUGAUCCUUCAGCAGAAGGCACAAAAAUCAUGAACUCAUCCUCUGAACCACCACCAGUUCACAAAACAUCUGCUCAGAACGUCGGGAAAGUCAUUGCGGCAGACAACAACCAGCAAAGAAGGUUUUCGUGGGCCAACAGGCGCCAGACAAUAGAUUUAAACCAGAACAAAGAUAUUCCGUCAGUGAGCAGUGAACCUGAGGACAAAACCGAGGAUUCUAAAACCGAACCGGAACCUGAACCUCGGAAACCGUCCCCGAUGAUGUCCUUCCGGAUCCGCUCAAACGCUGAUCGGGCAGAGGUCUUGCUCGCUGGGUCAGCUUCCGCCCAAAACUCACAGAACACCAACGACACGUCCACAACCCCACAGUCCACGGCAGUCCAAUCAUUUUACAUGCAACCGAAGAAGAAAGAGAACGAGGAGAUCCCUAUUCUAGAACCUAGUCAAGGUUCCUCACUUUUGUCAAGUAUUGCUGGUUUGAAUCCUUUCUCGAGGUUCUUAUUCAAGAGGUCUGAGACUGACCAAAAAGCAGUUUCCAAAACAGCAAGUGAUGAUAAAAGGAAACGAGGAUCUGGUGUUGAUUCGGAUACCCAGCUCCCCAAAUCGGGUGGAAGAAAAUCGCCUACCAGAAACUUAACUAUUAAUCUUGAGAAGAAAGAUGCCACUGCACGACAUCAUCAACUUAGAGACAGGCGAAAAACACAUGACGGUUUUCAUUCACGAAGUCAGAAGUACAAACCGAGUGAGCCCAUAUCGUCUGCUAAAGGGUCCAGUGUCGACGCAGAGUCACAUGAAGCCAAGCCUACAUCAAAUGAAGAUACAAGUCCCAAAAGAGAGAUGUGGCAAGUGCGAGCGGACGAGCUCAGACAAGAGAGACUUCGUGCUCGAGAACUGAAAGCUUUAGCUGAUCAAAAGCAAAACGUCCCCGAAGAGCAGAGCCUGAACCAGAUGGUGGAAGAAACCGACAAGUCUCGUGCCAGCGAUCUACAUAAAAUAACGUCCAUCAAACCAGAACGUGGUGUGCCACGAGCCAGACCUUACAACACGUCACGGAAAGUCCUGGAUCAUCGAAAUCUACAGACAAAAACGACCACCGGUGAAAAGGAAGAAGGCAAACUGGAAAAUGGUCGAGGAAAAGUAAAAACAGCUCACGGGAAUGACUCUAUAAAAAGUAACUCUAACAGCAACACCCACUUAGACAAAGCCUCCAGAAAAGGGCAGUACAAAUACAGAGUUCCUAGACGAUCUGUGAACACGGAAGCGCUUAUGGAGAACUCCAACAACAAUAAUGUUCGCACAAGAGACGUGUCCAGCCACCAAACAAUCGGCACCAAGUCGCAUGCGGAGGGACCACCGACCCACGAGAAAAAGUCGGACGACAUUCACCAGAAGUUGGAGAAAAGUUUGGAGGUUGGAUCAAGUAUGAUCUUGACUUUGGAAACGCUCAUUGAAUGGCACGUCAUUUCCAUCUGCGUCCUCUUCAUGCUCUUCAUAGGCAUGUGUUGCCCAUGUGCACUGCAGCGCGCCUUGCCCUGCCCUGUGCCGUCCUUCUGCGUUAGUGUCAAAAAUGUUUUUCUCAUACCCCUGGGUCUAGCCUCAUCUCUCCCCCGUCGCGACAUGCCUUCCUAUUGGGGCAGGUGGUGGGACUCCAACACCACUCCUUCUUCGCAAUCUGAGGAGAGUCAUCGUCGUCCUUCCCCCUCGACACCCCCUCCUACUUCUCCAUCUUCUUCUUCCUCCUUCUUGUCCCGCGUGGUGGCCUGGCCUUUCAAGGUCCUAGCUGUGUCCUUGACCUACGGUCUCCUUGGCGUCGUCAAUGCCCUGGAUGCAAUCUUCCAGCUCUUCAUGAUCCCGAUCAAUGCCGGCCGCAGAGCCGGACAGUUGGAGGACUCCAGCUUUGGCGUGUAUCCAGGACACAGUCAGGGCCACCAGAAAAGCCUGAUGCAGCAAGGAGACAACAACGGGGGAAGCAAAACUGGCCCCGGUCUGCCCAUAGACCAGACACUAGAACAGCUCCGAAAGUCCUCCAGCCUUCUCCUGUACUUCAGCUUUGACAAGGUCGAGAAGGAAUGCGACAUGUCCUACCUCCGUGCCAUAUGGCUCCGGCUGAUCGGCAGCUACCCUCCAGAAUGCUGACUAACCACAGAACAGACUCAGAGCAUCAAGGGCUCGCUCUGCUAUACCCUGAAGCUCAAAUAGUCCGGUCUAAUGCAGAACUUUCGUAACGUCUUGCGGAAUAUAAGGGACAUAUAUGUACUAUCCUUAUGCUAUAUAUAAUAUGAUAGAAGAAUUAAUAACUGUCACAGUUGAUUUUACUGUGCUUUUGAGUUAAAGCAAGGAUCCACUUCGCUUCCAACAUGAUCUAAAUAGUGUCGAUGGGGGAGUAAAACUUCUUCAAUCAUUACAAAGAUCCACUGUCAUCAGAUACCUCCAUCAUGUUUAAUGCUAACAUCGUCAAUAUUAUGUCGAUCACUUGUUUUGAAACUGAAAAUACCGUCAAUAAAUCGACUGGAAUGCAUCUUGUUUCAACGUUUACCCUCUCUAGUUAAGCCAGUCCCCUGUGAUAGUAAUAACAGAUUGAGCUUUACAUUGUCCAAUUAUCUGUGCACUGGUUCUGAAAAACAAAAAUACUACCAUUAUUAGUUCCAUCUAGUUACAUCAAAGAAGACCGGUAACGUCUGUACCGAAUGCUACCCAAAUAAAACGCCAUCAUAGCACUUGUCUAA